AGAGAGCACCAUGCACUCCCCUCCUAAGUGAACUGCAGGAUGGAGGCUUUCUCCGCUCUUUAAUGAUGGAGAACAACACGCUGGGAGAAGACGUGACCAUUUUUGUUCUACUUUAGAUUCAACAAAGAGUGUCGCAAAAGAUGGAGACAGUUACACCUCCUUCAACGCAGUCAAAACUCAAAUCUGACAAAGAAGAAGCGGCAAAAAGUUCAAAGAUACUGGAGAUCAUUAAUGGGAGCACUGUUGACACCGCGAAAAUGACAGAAGAGCCAGAGGACAGAGAGGUUUGGUCAAUGGAGAUGGGAGAUGACUCUGUGUUCUACAGUGAUGAGGAGCAAGCUCACCAGGAUAAAGAAUCUGUUAUCCUAGCUGGCUUCAGUGCUCAAAGGUACGAGGAUCCUGUUAAAAGUGGGGCAGCUGGUGAAACCAACCAACAGAUGGAAAGAAAUUCAGGAGAGAAAGGUCUUAUUUACAAAGGAAAUUCAGAGAUGGAGAAGGAAAUCAACCAGUGGGUCAUUUGGACUGAAGAAGAAAACCAGAAGCUUGAGACACUUAAAACUAAAAGAAUGCAUGUAUCUGACCCUGGGGAAUCAGCUGCAGAGUCUGAUGUCACUCCUGGAAAGUUUGUGAAAACAUCUGCACAGUUUGUGCUGCAAAAUAAAGCAGCAGCAAAUGUGGACCAACAAGUUAAGAAAGAGGAAGCGAUGACUGAAGCUGACACCUCAGACCAACACCUGUGUGACUUACUCAACAAUGGUGGUUAUACAGGGCCGAACAGGAACGCAGAAUUUCCUCAAACACUAUCUGUUGCUGACACCCAGCAAUCAAGUGACAUGCAGCUUGUGGGAGACGCGCGAGCCAAAUCUCUGCAAAACCCCUGCCAAGGUCAGAUGAACCUGCCACCGCCAAAGAAAUCUGACUGCAGCGCCUUCAACCACCUCACCUCCUCCAAGUACAGUACCGUGUCCUACCGCAGGAUCCGCAGAGGCAACACACGACAGAGGAGUUUGAAUUCUUGUUAAUGAAUAAAAAAUAACCUGCUUUUGCAAUGCAUAAAAAAAAAAAUGGAGCGCCAAAUAACACACAGCCUGAAGCUCAACAAGCUUACAAAUGUUCAAGCUCUAAAAUGUAUUUAUCAGUGGUUUUAGAAAUACCUGAUAUUUACAAUAUGCUUACAUCCCAUUGUGUUGUUCUUGACAUCCAUAAAUCUCAUCAAUUUUAAUGCUAUAAUGUUCUUAGAAAAAUGUCUAAUUCUGUAGUAGUAUGUCUAUGGACGGAUGCAGUUUGACUAGCAAGUUUAAAGACAUACAUCAUGGACACGUAUGUAAUACUAAAUUGGGUAUUUGAAUGAUUUAUUUGAACCAGUGGGAUAAUACAACCAAAAACUUUGAUGAUUAAAAAAAACAGGAACUGGGUGGACGAGUUUGAAUUUAUUGUGGAUUUUCAGGGUCAUUGAAUCACAAAUGUGUAUAUAGGCCCAAAUAUGGUAAGAAAUAAUUGAAAUAGAGCCAGUCUGACAACCUGAAGUAGGCUAAAAGAUCUUAAAACGCAAUGUUCAACUUGCACCUUGAAUACAUGCUUGGUUUGGCCAUCCAAAAGCUUCUUGACCAUUUGGGCAGAAAUGGUAGAGUUAGCUUUCUUCAACCAGUUUUGAUGUGGUUAGGAUUGCUAGCUUGCUGGGACACCCAGUUUUCAACUGUAUUUUAAUUUGAAAUUUGUGCUCUGCAGCAGCACCACUGGCUGUGAAACCAACCACUGGCAUGAUGCCACCACCACCGUGCCUCUGAGGAGGUGGAGUGUUAUUAGGUGAAGGUUUCACCUCCUCCAAACAUACUUUUGAGGUCAAAAAGCUCAAUCUCUGAUAAUAAAUCUUUUCUCCAGAAAGUACUUGGAUUAUUCAUGCAAAAUUCAACCUUGCUUUUAAAAGUAGUGAUUUUGGAGCAUGUGGUUUUCUCUAGGUCAGCACCGCCUCAGUCCAUGUUGAAUUUAAACUGGCCCGACUGUGGACAAUGACUCUCACAGGUUAUCUGUUUAAGCCUUGGUGGUUCAAGAAUAUCUUAAUAAGCUUCCUUUCACUGAAGAUGUGUUCAGGUCAGACGGUUCAAAUCUGGAUUUAGAUGUUUGUCCCACCAAGACAAAAAAAUCCUAGAAACAGCUUAAGCUUCUGGAAUGGCCCUGUUCAAAAUGAAUGAGCUUUGCUUAAAAGCCAAAUCUGCGACAGUAAAACAAUAAAUUCAAGUAACUGUAUCAUUUCUGGUAAGAAGAGCAGUCAAAUAUCCGUGCAGAACUAUGCUACACACUAAGCAGACGGCGUGAUCGACUUACCAAGAGAUGUGAAUAAUGUAUCAUCAUUAUACUCAGGAAAAAAACAAAACUAAUGAGAUGUUAUUAAAUGCCCAAAAUUAGUAUGACAUUUCUGCAGAGAAUGGGUGAAUAAAUACUGGUUAGAAAUGUAAAUUAAGGUUUUAAUUUUGUGAUUUUGUAGAAUAAACUUGGGAGAUAUUAAAAUAUGA